AUGAAAGGAGGAAAGUCCAAGGGUGAAUCGAAGAAAGCCGAAACGAAGCUUGCGGUGAAUAAGAAGGGCGCUCCCGCCACCAAGGGCGGAAAGAAACCAGCCAAGGGAAAGGAACCAAAGGACCCUAACAAGCCGAAGAGGCCUCCAAGUGCUUUCUUCGUUUUCAUGGAGGACUUUAGGAAGCAGUUCAAGAAGGAAAACCCUGACAACAAAGCUGUGUCUGCAGUUGGUAAAGCGGCUGGAGUAAAAUGGAAGGCGAUGUCUGAAGCUGAGAAAGCCCCAUAUGCUGCUAAGGCAGAGAAAAGAAAGGCAGAAUAUGAGAAGAGCAUGAAGUCCUAUAACAAGAAACAGGCUGAAGGCCCGGCUGCUGCUGAUGAAGAAGAAGAAUCUGAGAAAUCAGAAUCUGAGGUGCAUGAUGAGAAUGAUGACGAGGAAGAAAGCGAGGAGGAGGAUGAUGACGAGUAG